CUUGUAGUUCCCCAAAAAUCCAGUACAUAUAAACCAGACGCUGACCUACUUGUGCAUUGGACCCGCCCGGCUCCAAAACAAGACCACUUGAACAGAACCUGACGGGACUUCUGGACUUUAAGGAUGUGGCAGCGUUGUGUUAGCGUGUUGCUGCUGGCCGUGUCGGCUGUGGCCCGUCUGGAUCAGGUGACCCUGGACAGCCAAUGGGAGCAGUGGAAGAUAACGCACGAUCGGGAAUACAAUGGCUUGGACGAGGAGGGCAUCCGACGGGCCAUCUGGGAGAAGAACGCGCUGAUGAUCGAGGCCCACAACCAGGAGGCGGCGCUGGGCAUACACUCGUACGAGCUGGGCAUGAACCACCUGGGAGACAUGACGUCGGAGGAAGUGGUGGAAAAGAUGACGGGCUUGGAGAUCCCCAUGACGAGGGAACGCGGCUUCACCGUGAGUCCGGAGCAGCAGGCCUACGCGUUACCCAAGUUGGUGGACUACCGCGAGAAGGGCAUGGUGACACCCGUCAAAGACCAGGGUUCGUGCGGCUCCUGCUGGGCCUUCAGCUCAGCGGGGGCCCUGGAGGGUCAACUGGCCAAGACCACGGGUGAGCUGCGGGACCUUAGUCCUCAGAACCUGGUGGACUGUGUGACAGAGAACAGCGGCUGCGGGGGAGGAUACAUGACCAACGCCUUCAAGUACGUGAGGGACAACGGAGGCAUCGACUCGGAGGAGGCCUACCCCUACGUGGGACAGGCGCAGAUAUGCCGCUACAACUCGUCAGGCACGGCGGCCGAGUGCCGCAGCUACAAGGAAAUUCCCGAAGGCAACGAGCACGCCCUGGCUGUGGCGCUCUUCAAGGUCGGACCCAUCUCUGUCGGCAUCGACGCUUCCCAGGGGACCUUCCAGUUCUACCAGAGAGGCAUUUACUACGACCCCAACUGCAACAAGGACGACGUCAACCACGCCGUGCUGGCGGUGGGCUACGGCGUUACACCCAGGGGCAAAAAGUACUGGAUCAUCAAGAACAGCUGGAGCGAGAGCUGGGGCAAAAAAGGCUACAUCAAGAUGGCGCGUAACCGUGGCAACCUGUGCGGCAUUGCCAACCUGGCCAGCUACCCCGUCGUGUGAGCGCCUCGCGCCUCUUCUUCGUCUCAUUCCCUGGGGAUGUUUGGCCGUAUCCAUGGCGACCAGUCUCGGGUUUUUUUUGUGUGUCUUUGCGGUUGUUAGCUGCUGUUUGCUGAAAUGUUUUUGACUUGAAUGCGCGCACAUUUGCGGCGUCGCCGGCCGACGCAGUUCUACGGAACCCCGGACAUAACGGGGGGGGGGGGGGCUGGUGAUAUUUGUGCUCACAAUAUAACCUGGGCACAAAAUGCUCAUUUGUGGCCACGAAAUACUAAAUUGUGGCCACGAAUUAGGUAUAACAUGCUCUCAAAAUAUCAAUUUGUGCCCAUGAAGUAGGUAUAAUGUUGGCAUAACAUACAAACUAAUAUUAAAAUUAUUCCUGGACAGUUAUGUAAGCAAAUGGAGCGCAUCUUCUGUAUAUAAUGUUCAUUAUUCAUACCCACAUAGUAUGUUCCUGGUCGAUUUUGACACAGGUCCACAAUACCCUGAUAUCAAUUGUUCAUAUUAAAUUAUAAACGACAGAUCUUAGGUAGCCUGCUUGACAAAAUAAAUGGAUGAUGGAUGCUUCCCCCCCCCCCCCCUUCCAAUCUCAUGCCUGGGGGGCUCUGUACAAUUCAGCACUUUUAUUCUGAUCAUUAUUGUUAUUCGUGUGUAAAAACGAUGUUUUGUUUGAAAUGAAAUGAAAGGCAGUUUUUGUGACGUCGCAACUGGCUUCUUGGGGGGUGUAGUACAUAUUUGGGCCACUGGAGGGAGCUGUUGAUCGUCUUUUCGAAACACUGAAGAGGAAAAACGACCAUGAGGACGUCUUUCACGUGCUGCACGCUUUUCUGGAUUUAAAUCAUGGCUUUUUUAUUUGUUAUUUUGCAUUAUUAUUAUUGUUAUUGUUUUAUCAAAUUUGUAGCUGAAUAAAUACGGUUGGACGAAGAGGAA